GCAAGGAGAAAGGAGAGCGGCAAUGCUGGACCUACCUCAAGAGAUCAUCAUUAACAUACUUUCAAAAAUGCCCACCAAGUCUCUAAUUCGUUUCAGGUCUGUUUGCAAACACUGGCAGAGGCUUAUUACUGAUCCUGGAUUCAUCGAAAUACACUUGAAUCAAUCAGUUGGGAACAAAUCCAGUGUCAUCAUCACCAUGGAUAAACUUGAUUUGUACUCUGUAAACUAUGAUAAACAUGAUGAUAAUAUGGACAUAGUAAAGCUCGAUAACCCAUUCCUUCAAUUUCAUUAUUCCAUAAUUAGUGUAGUGGGUUCUUGCAACGGAUUGUUAUUAGUUGAUUUAAUAAAAUCACGGUCAUCUCUAAGUAUGACAUUUUUAUGGAAUCCAUCUACUAGAGAGUACAGGAGAUUACCACACUUACCUGUCGAGUUUAAGGGACAUGAUUUUAGCAGUUGGGCGUUGGUUCAUCAUCCAAAGAGGAAAGAUUACGAGGUUGUCAGAAUUGUUCGAUAUGAUGUGGACAACGGUCUUAGAAACCACUCUUAUCGAGUGGAAGUCUUGGUAUAUAUUUUGGGUACUGAUUCAUGGAGAAGAAUUGGAGAUUCCCCUUGGCACAUCGAUAAUGGGAGACUACCAGCGCAACUGGUGGCUGGAGCUCCUCACUGGAUGGGAACAACACGGGAUCUAAGUCGACAAAUAAUCGUUUCGUUUGAUGUUGAGAUUGAGGAGUUCCAAGUGGUCGAAUUGCCCAACAACCUGGGGGAUGCUGGCUGGGAAUUUGAGUUUCGAUUGGGAGUAUUGGACGGAUUCCUGUCUUUAUUUCAUUUUGCCUAUGCUGAGUAUCUUGAUGUAUGGGUAAUGAAGGAUUAUGGCAUUAAGGAGUCUUGGACAAAACUGUUCACCGUCACCCAACAACCGAUGCUGCAGUACUAUUACAUAGUUUCAUCGCCAUUUGAACUUUUGAGAAAUGGUGAGAUUCUACUAUUAGAGAGCGUGGACAACGAACCCAGAAAGCGAAUGUUUUAUGACCCUAAAAACCAAAGUUUUAGGGAGCUUAAAGUUUUGGAUGAGUUUGAUUGGUUUGUCAUGGGUUCCUAUAUUGGGAGUCUUGUUCCAAUUGAAGCUGAAGAUUCGUUUGAAGGAAGACAAGGGUGAAAUUGAUGAAGUGAUAAAUAU